AUGCAACAUUUGAACCAAGACUCAGGCUGUGCACCUCUAAACUAUGUAUUAUUUUUCCAGGACAAGUACAAACGAGCCCUAGCAGACACAGAGAAUUUGCGGCUCCGAAGUCAGAAGCUGGUGGAAGAGGCAAAGCUGUAUGGUAUCCAGGGGUUCUGCAAGGACCUGCUUGAAGUAGCAGAUAUUCUGGAAAAGGCAACCCAGAGUGUCCCUGAAGAGGAAGUCAAGGCUGACAACCCCCAUUUGAAGAACCUCUAUGAAGGCCUGCUCAUGACUGAAGUUCAGAUGCAGAAAGUUUUCAAAAAGCACGGAGUGCAGAAACUCAAUCCUUUGGGUGCCAAGUUUGAUCCCUAUGAACAUGAAGCCUUAUUCCAUACUCCCAUGGAUGGGAAGGAGCCUGGCACUGUAGCUAUAGUCACUAAAGUGGGCUACAAGCUCUGUAAACGUACCUUAAGGCCUGCAUUGGUGGGAGUUGUUAAAGAAACUUAA